AAUGAAGACAUCAGGUGAGAUUGAGGCAAAGGCCAGUCAGUACCAGGUUGAAGAGGGGAAGGCUGAAAUGGUUUGGACAUGUUGAGAGGAUGGAUGGGAAUAGAGACCCCAGGAGAGCACUGAGAGCAGUACAAAUAGGAAGAAGACCGCUGGGUAGACCAAGAACGAGGUGGAUAGACAUAAUUGUCAGGGAUCUUGAGGAUGAAAUCCAAAACUUAGAGGAAGCAAGGGAAAUGACUCGGGAUAGACAGAUGGGGAGGAACUGUAUCAGCCUUAUGCCACUGGCCAGUGGCGGGAAGAUAAAGACACAUCGCCUCCGAAGAAGUCAUGCUUGCAGGAUGUGGAAUCAUCACGUCGCUAUCACUGAUGCUGAUUGCGUGUCCCGCUGUUGCAAGCGAGUCUCAACCGCCGGCAGGUCGAUGCCAAAUAGAGAGAAUUGACAUCCUGGAAGUGAGGCCGCAUCAGUCCACCUUCAGGUUCAAACCAUUCUACAACUUGGACUAUGACACUUGUCAUGGGAAAGUUAAGUGGAAAUUCGUCAUGAAAGAUUGCAACUCAUCAGAACCGGACGCAGUCGAACACAGCUGCACUGGAGACAAGGAAGACAUAUGCAAAGUCGACAUGGAGGGAUCGUAUAAAGUUGCAUUGAAUGAAACAACAAUCAUCUCGGAUUGUUUCACACUUCCCGGACUUCUUGUUGUACCAAGAGCAGCCUUGGUGUUGAGAGAUUCUCACGUGGAAUUGGAUCUCAAGCCGGACAUACGGGUGCAAUCUUGGAAUCUGACGGCUUAUAAGGCAUUCGCAAACCGCGACGAGGUGAAUCCGGAGUGCUCCAGUGAUAGGCUUACGGAAAUACAGAUCCCACUUUUUGAAGAGCCAUUUAUAGAGAGGAACUCGUUCAGCUUUCCCUACGAAUUCAGCCUCGACCAGUGCUACUGUUUCAAGAUCAGACCAAAUGGAUACGACACAGAACUAACUUUUCCCAGGGGCGUCAUUAAAUCUCUGUGCAGGCCUGUCCGCACUAACUCGCUGCCGCCCACACCUCCUACACCAGAAAAUCAUACUUUGGUUAUCGUAUGUGUAGUCGUGAUAGUGGCAAUACUGCUGGUGCCCUUAAUGGUAUGUGUGAUCAUCAUUCAACUCAGAAAAAGAAGACGCAUGAUUCCAGGGCUUCCUCAGGAGGGGCAAAACCUCAUAGAGGUUCCUCGAGAUGUCUUAGUCAUCUAUGCUCGACAGGAGUCCCACAGCAGGAGGGUUUGCGAACUCGUCAGGUCCUUACAGAGUGCCGGGAAGUCUAAGAUUCACGACAUCCACGCGAAUACAGAUGAUGGGAAGCACGCCGAUCCCAACGAAUGGCUUCGACAGAGGAUAAUGAAAGACAGGAUCCUCAUUCUUCUGUCUCCUGCUCUCAGAAAGCACCUGGAGGUCGUAUUCUCGCUCAAGAGAAGCUUGAUAGCAGAGGAAAUCGGCUACACAGAGGAUGGGCUUGGAAUGAACCCAGCGCUCGUCCACGCUUUGAGAAUCCUUGUCGGACAGAAUGACUAUUCCAAGAUAUUCAUAGCAAGCUUUUCUUCUGAGCGAUUCGAAGAGGAGGCUGGAGACUUUUCAGAAAUCCUCACCAGAGAGCGAAGGUACACGCUGCCUGAACACCUGGAAGAGCUGAAGGUGGACAUGAUGCUCGUCAGAGAGAAGGAAGUUUCCGUUUAAUACGCUUUCUUUUCGACAUUUCUCACACCUGCUCCCUCACCAGUGCCCAGCUCGUAGGAAUCUUGUGACCUCAACUGACCUUCCGAUCAUCCCAGGAGAGGAAAACAAUAGAAGAGAAUAUAUAAUUUAGGCAAAAUUCAGCGCCGAAACGGAAUUUGACGGUAAAAGGUUUGAAAGGCGUCACAGGAGGAAAACCUCGAAGCAGUUGCACUGUGAAUCAAUUGUAAGGAUAGGGCGGAAAGCAAGAUGGAAGAAAGAGGCUACGAACGGAGGUACAGUAAAAUGUAAUGCCUACAGUGCACCGCAUGGAAGGGAAAAAGAUGAUCCGAAAUAUUUUUAUGUUUUAUCAAAUAUUCAAGGUUGGAGUUAUUUUUUUUUCCUUCGAGACCUGAAACGAAGCAUUUUAAUAUCUUUUGUUACAUAACUGGUUUGGCAUCGAGUUUGCUGCGUUGGGGAAAUUCCAGGAGUUGAGAGGUCUGCUGGGUAAUUUUUGCUUACUCGGGGAGUAAGCCUACAAACUACUUUUGCUGUUGAUGUUCUUGCUAUUGUUGUUCUUGUUGCGGGUGGGGGAGGUAGGAAACGCCUAUGGAAAAGCUUAAAAAGGUCUGAGAAAGGUGUUUCGCGUCGAGUUAAAGAUACGGGAAUUUUAGGAUAGGAUAUUUAUGAUUUAUAUGUUAGAAUGAAGAUGUAAAAAAUAAGUAAUGUGUAUGUUAAACAGUACUGAACAAUUGUUUCUAAUUAGAUAUAACAUAUUUAUUUCAAUUUUCGUUGGUGAAACAAUGCUCUAUUUGACUGUAGAUUUUAGCACGUAACCUGUGUAAGCUGGAGGUCGGAUCACGCCUUAUUCCGAAUGUAGUUUUAUUCUUUAUUUUAUACAAAUCUUACCCUUAUUUACAUCUGUUAUAUUUACUUUUUUAUUAUUUAUGCAAAUGUGCCUUCUCAAGAAGAGACAGUACUAGAUUAAUGUCUUUGGUUACAAUGAGUAAUAUCUCUCAGCCAUUCUCUGUACAGAGAGAGAGAGAGAGAGAGAGAGAGAGAGAGAGAGAGAGAGAGAGAGAGAUAGGAAAUUUGAAAAUCAGGGCUUCAGGGUUGUACAGAUAUCUAAUGUUAGGCUGUAUAUUAAUUACAUUAUGUACAGUUUAUGAACAUUAAUGUACAUUUGCUUUAGUAUUAUUGUGUUGAAGAAUGAUAUUUAUGUUCCCAUUUAUAUUUUCUCAUUGCACGUAUUGUAAGACCGCUAUUUCGUUAUUCAUCGUGGCAACAAUGUAAUUAGAUGUGUCAAACACUGCUUUUUUCCUGCCGUGUGCAUAAUCAGUCACUGUCCAGUAGUCAUUGUCGUAACAGGCGCGGACCUGCUUCCCGCUGCUGUAGUCUUGAUGUCCGUAUAUCUUCAUUACAAGAAUGUUAAAGAA